UCUUUAUCCGAAAUUCUAGAGCUCCCUUGGGAGCUUCAUCAUCAACCUCGCUUCAUGGGUGUUCCUGAAGCUUGUUCGUCGUCUCACCAUCUCGUAUUGCACCGCCGCUUCCAUCUCUCUCACCCUUGGCCACCAUGCGCCCACAAGUUUCUAUCUCCAUCUCCGUGCAUACACCUGCAUAUGACCCUUGGAAAGAUGAUGUUCCGUCUCUGCACAGGGCAGAAUAAUUAUGUUGGAGGAUCACCUGUAAUGUCGACAAUAAAAGGAGUAUGCAAAGUAGUUUGGACUAUUGAAGCUGAUUUGGAAGUUGAUCAACUUCUUUAUCUAACUGGGGACCCUAUCACAUUAGGCUCCUGGGAACCAAAUAUGGCGAUUCAAAUGUCUCCUACGCAUCAUGCUAACUUAUGGAAAGCUGAAGCCAAGAUAACUUGUGGCAUAAAUUUCAAGUACAAUUAUUUUAUCAAGGACGAAGCAUUGCCUUCAUCAGACAUCAUUUGGAGAACUGGACCUGAGUUUUCUCUAUCCCUGCCUCAAACUGUUAAUCAUGAUAAACAUAUAACGGUGAGGGAUUCAUGGAUGAGGUUUGCUGUCACACCCCCUUCAGUUUUCACAUGGGAUUCAUGGAUAGAGGAACUACCACUGAAAUCUCUUCCAGCAGAGGAUGAACGUAAAAUUGAAGAAGAAUGUCUUGAGAGUGAUUCUAUUGAGCCCUAUGUAAAUUUGAAUGGUACCAUGAUAUAUGAUAAAUUGUACUCUGAUCAUGAGGAACUGAUGGAUUCUACCAGUCAAAGUUCAGAUUUUCAUAGACAUCAACCUGUUGAGGAACCAUGGUUACCCCUCUCUUUUUAUCUGCCCAAGAAUGUGUUGGAGCCUGAUCUGCUGAAAAAUGAUGUCAGUAUAAAAGAAGAGGCAACAGUAUUAGAAACUCGAGAUCCACUAUUGGAAGAUGCAGCAAAUCUGUUGCCUACAUCAGGGGCUGAUACAAUGUUGAAGGACCCUAUUUCUACCAUCAUACUGAUUAAUUCGUCAAUAUGCACCAUGCAGCGGAUUGCUGUAUUGGAAGAAGGAAAAUUGGUAGAGCUGCUUUUGGAACCGGUUAAAAGCAAUGUGCAGUGUGAUAGUGUGUAUUUAGGGGUCGUCUCAAAACUUGUUCCUCACAUGGGUGGUGCAUUUGUAAAUAUUGGAAACUCUAGACCGUCGCUAAUGGACAUCAAGCAAAACAGGGAACCUUUCAUAUUUCCUCCUUUUUGUCAAAGGGUAAACAAACAAGUGAUCAAUGAUUGCUCCAUACAAGGACAACUGACAUCACUAGGUGAAAGUAUAUUGAGUAUUCCAAAAAAUGAUGGUGUUGCAGAUAUUGAGAUUCAAAAUACUUCGAUGCUGUCUGUGCUUGAUGACCACGAGGACAAUGAAGUUGAAGAUGGCUUUGAUGUUUUGGAGGUUAGAGAAAAUGUGAAUGGCAGCAUAGUAGAUGAUGAUGGUGAUUUAGAUGCUGACUUUGAAGACUGCAUAGAUGAUAAGGCACAUCAUUUAGAGGGCCAUGCUAGCAUCAGUUAUUCAGCUACUGCAAGUUAUUCUAGUGAUUCUCAAUUAUCUUUUCUCCAAUAUGGAAAGGAUUCUAAGCAGAUAGUGACUGAUGAAAAUAAGUGGCUCCAAGUUCGGAAAGGCACCAAAAUAAUAGUUCAGGUUGUCAAAGAGGGGCUAGGGACUAAAAGUCCUAUGCUGACUGCUUACCCACGACUAAGAAGCAGAUUUUGGAUAUUGUUAACUCGUUGUGAUAGAAUCGGCAUCUCAAAGAAAAUUUCUGGUGUCGAGCGUACACGCUUAAGGGUUAUAGCUAAAACCUUACAGCCUCAAGGUUUUGGUUUGACCGUAAGAACAGUUGCUGCUGGUCAUUCUUUAGAAGAAUUACAAAAAGAUUUGGAUGGUCUAAUUUCAACUUGGAAAACUAUAACAGAAAAUGCAAAAUCAGCUGCUCUAGCAGCAGAUGAAGGUGUUGAGGGAGCAGUUCCAGUUAUUCUCCAUAGGGCCAUGGGUCAAACACUGUCAGUUGUGCAAGAUUAUUUUAAUGAUAAGGUUAAAAGAAUGGUAGUUGACUCUCCAAGGACAUAUCACGAGGUCACUAAUUACCUUCAGGAAAUUGCUCCUGACCUUUGUGACCGAGUGGAGUUAUUCCAUGGAAGAAUACCCCUUUUUGACAAAUUUAAUAUUGAAGAAGAGAUCAAUAGUAUUAUCAGCAAAAGGGUUCCACUUGUGAAUGGAGGUUCUUUAAUAAUUGAACAAACUGAGGCUCUAGUUUCCAUUGAUGUGAAUGGAGGACAUGGGGUAUUUGGUCAAGCAUCUUCUCAGGAGAACGCUAUUCUAGAGGUCAACCUUGCUGCUGCAAGACAGAUAGCAAGGGAAUUACGAUUGAGAGAUAUAGGUGGAAUAAUAGUAGUAGAUUUCAUUGACAUGGAAGACGAAUCGAAUAAGAGGUUAGUCUAUGAAGAAGUAAAGAAAGCUGUUGAGAGAGACAGGUCAAUAGUGAAAGUUUCUGAGUUAUCCAGACAUGGACUCAUGGAAAUUACAAGAAAGAGGGUUCGGCCAAGUGUAACAUUUAUGAUCAGUGAGCCGUGUGCUUGUUGUCAUGCUACUGGAAGAGUUGAAGCUCUGGAAACCUCCUUUUCAAAAAUCGAGCAGGAAAUCUGUCGACAGCUUGCAACAUUGAAGCAGAAACCAGAUCCUGACAAUCCAAAAUCCUGGCCAAAGUUCGUCUUAAGAGUCGAUCAUCACAUGUGUGAAUACUUAACUUCGGGAAAAAGGACGAGACUUGCAGUCUUGAGUAGUUCCCUCAAAGUUUGGAUCAUUUUGAAGGUAGCUAGAGGAUUCACAAGAGGUUCAUUUGAGGUGAAAUAUUUUGCAGACGAUAAGUUGAGCAGAAGUGAAAAUCAAGCGCCGAUUUCUUUGUUACAACCAUUAGAGGGCAGAAGUAACAACUCUGGCAAGAAAGUUACCCUCUUUCCAGUUAAAAAGUGGAAAGGGACUAGGAGAUAAAAAGACGAGACUAGUUUUUACAGCCCAAAAUUUUGUAAGCCAAGCUCAAAGGUCUUUUUAUUUGUCAUUAUGCUAGACUACGUGCAAUUGCAUAUUCAGAUUGACAAACUUUUAAAACGAUCAGUCAAAGUGAUUAAUUUGAAUUAACCUUGACGUUUUAGUUCAUAUCAAUGAUUGAAGAUAAGAAAAUUGAAAAGCAUUAAAA